AAACCUUAAAAUUAAAACAGAAGAAGUAGACACAAAACUGAUCGGAAAUGGCAGCUCUCAAGUCCCUGAUCUCUGUCUCUGUGAGGUCGCAAGCAGCAGUGCUUGUCCUGUUCAUAGCAGUUUCGGCGCUGACCCACCUGGGUGAGUCGCAGAGCUGCCCAAGCCAGCUGAACACCCUGAAUGUAUGUGCACCAUUUGUGGUGCCUGGUGCCCACGGCAACCCUAGUACUGAAUGUUGUAACGCGCUCCAGUCGGUUCAGAAUGACUGCCUCUGCAACACUUUGGCCAUCGCUGCCCGCCUUCCAUCCCUGUGCCAUCUCCCAUCUCUCAAUUGUGUGAACAACUGAUUAGGACGAAAGUGAGCAAGGAAUAUAAAAGUCAUUACGGCGUCGUGUUGUUGCUUUAAAAUUUUCGUUUCAACUCAGUAAUGUAUCCCGAUCUGCUGCCAAGCAGAACCUUUCUUCUCAUGUUAAAGAAAUAAACAAACAGUGCUUCUCCAUUUGGAGAGGCUUCUGUUCUCAACUUUAUAAUAAUAUUAAUAGCAGUCAUUGGCAUGUAUCCCAUAAAGUUGACAUCAAUAAUAUGGAUUUAAAUAA